GAAGGCCGCCCGCCCCGCCCCGCCCUGCCCCGCCCCGCCCCGUCCACCACGGCGUCAAGAUGGCGGCGUCUGCAGCACGCUCAGCGGCCCGGCGGCUUCUCUUGCCUUGGUCCGCCCGCCUGGUGCGAGCGCCCAGCGCAGCGGAACGGUGUGUGCAUGUUGGAACUGGGAGGCUCACAGUUUCCAAAGCAGCAACAGAAGUAAUCUUAAAUGUCCCUGAAACUAGGGUGAGUCCUUUGGAAAAUGGCUUGCAAGUAGCUUCUGAAGACUCUGGCCUCUCAACAUGCACAGUUGGACUUUGGAUUGAUGCUGGAAGCAGGUAUGAAAAUGAGAAGAACAAUGGAACUGCUCACUUUCUUGAGCAUAUGGCUUUCAAGGGAACUAAGAAGAGAUCUCAGUUAGACCUCGAACUGGAGAUUGAGAACAUGGGAGCUCAUCUGAACGCAUACACAUCCAGGGAACAAACUGUGUAUUAUGCAAAGGCUUUUUCAAAAGAUUUACCUAGAGCUGUGGAAAUUCUUGCUGACAUAAUUCAGAACAGUACCCUGGGAGAGGCAGAGAUUGAGCGUGAGCGAGGAGUUAUACUUCGAGAGAUGCAAGAGGUUGAAACCAAUUUGCAGGAAGUUGUCUUUGAUUACCUUCAUGCCACAGCCUACCAGAACACAGCACUAGGACGGACAAUUUUAGGACCCACUGAAAAUAUCAAAUCCAUAAAUCGUAAUGACUUGGUGGAGUACAUAACAACACAUUACAAAGGACCCAGAAUGGUCUUGGCUGCUGCUGGAGGGGUCUCUCAUGAUGAACUGCUUGACCUGGCAAAGUGCCAUUUUGGCAACUUGCCAUCUGCUCCAGAAGGAGGACUGCCACCCCUGCCACCUUGUAGCUUCACAGGUAGUGAGAUUCGGAUAAGGGAUGACAAGAUGCCCCUGGCACACCUGGCCAUUGCUGUGGAAGCAGCUGGCUGGGCAGACCCAGAUACAAUCCCACUCAUGGUAGCCAAUACUCUGAUUGGGAACUGGGAUCGGUCCUUUGGAGGAGGAGUGAAUUUGUCCAGUAAACUUGCUCAGACUGCCUGCCAUGGUAACCUGUGUCACAGUUUCCAGUCCUUCAAUACCUGCUACACUGACACAGGGCUGUGGGGACUCUAUAUGGUCUGUGAGCCAUCCACUAUUGAGGACAUGGUGCACUUUGUUCAGAGAGAAUGGAUAAGACUUUGCACAAGUGUUACAGAAAAUGAAGUAGCUCGAGCAAAAAAUCUUCUAAAGACAAAUAUGUUACUACAACUUGAUGGGUCCACACCAAUCUGUGAAGACAUUGGAAGACAAAUGCUAUGUUAUAAGCGCCGAAUCCCAAUUCCAGAACUUGAGGCAAGAAUUGAAGCUAUUGAUGCCCAGACUAUUAGAGAAAUCUGCACAAAGUACAUCUGUGAUAAGCAUCCUGCAGUUGCUGCCGUGGGUCCAAUUGAACAACUUCCAGAGUAUAGCAAAAUCUGCAGUGGUAUGAAUUGACUUCGAGAGUAGUGAGUAACGAGAACUUCCAGUAUAUUUUAGCUUUAAAAAAACCCAGGAAAACAACAAAAAAGACACCCAACAAACCAACUACACCCCUGUUUAAAACUCUGGAGUUGCUUUUGAGAAGAUUAAAACUCAAGAACCAGCCCCUCCUGUGUGUCUGUAUAAUGAAGAAAGAAAUGGAAAUAUGUACAGUAUUUGUAUUUUUAUUAUAAAAUAAGGAUUGUCAGUAAGAGUCAUUUCUUGACUUUAGUAGCAUUCAUCACUUGUUCUUGAGCAGCUUUCUUUGCCUUGACCAUUUCCACGAGUUCCUGAAGAGGUGGGGAAAAAAUAAACUUAACAUGUUGACUUGUGAACAAUGCUGUGCUUUUGAACAUUACAUAUAUUCACUGUGAAACAAUUUAGUUCUCAACAUAAUGAGAAAUCUACACAGUUUGAUACUGUAGAGCAGUUUCUCUUAGAAACUAAUCAACUGAUGGAAGGUCAAUGCUCAUGUACCAGGAACUUUACCUACAGGACCCUAGGGAUAGGACUUCACCAUCUGCUAGAGAUUGCUGUCAAACUAUAAGAGGAAUUUCCUGAGACCCACUUUCCUUCCCAGAUUCCAGAGCCACUGCUUUCAAUGAGGAACGUUUAUUCCUUCUCUUUCGGAGGUAACUCAACCCCAAAAUAAGAAGUUUCCCAUAAGGCUCCAUAACUGCCUGUGUCUCUGGGGGGCAAUGCAACAGUAAAAGUAAAGGGUUCUCUCAAAACCUGGACUAGUGCCAGUCCCAGCAGGAGGUGAGGGACCUUACCUUGUAUCGCUUCAUGCAGUCUUUUUUUGACCGGCCUGGAACAGCUGCUGCUAUUUUCUCCCAUCUUUCAGGAGUAUUUACUGGAUAAGUCUUCAAUGCUUGUUCUAAAAGUUUUUGUUCUUCUGUAGUCCAAGGGGAUGAAUCUAGAGGUGAUCCUGUUUUACAUGCAAAAAUGACAGCAAGAACAGAUAUGUUAAAAUGCCUAGAAAAUAUGGUAAAACCUAUUCUAGUUGAUUUAAAAUCCAUGCAGUUUUGAGAUGUAUUUUGUGUACAAAACCUCAAAUCUGGCACCAGAGCCUGGAUCAUUUACUUGCUAUGAAAGUUUGUAAGUAAAUCUUGAGUAAUUUCUGGAUUACUUUCUUCCUAAGAGACCCAGGGGAGGCAAGUGCACAAGAAGGGCUCCCUUUUCACCUUUACCUUCAAAUCGUUCUGAGGGGGCAGCACUGUCCAUCUGAGGCACCACACCAUGUUCUUUUUUAAAUUUGUCAAAUGCUUUCUUGUUUAUGUCAUCUUUUUGAUGAGGGUCUAGGAGCAACAAACAUUAAAGAGAAUAAUUAUUGCAAGGAUGUCAAAGAGAGAUGUAAUAAUAACAUUCUGUAGCAGAUUUGUUACAAUAAUUACAAAAUCAUAAACCCCAAUUCCUACUUACUUUAAAAUGAUGGUAAAGAGGUUGGUAGAUUUAAAAAAAAAAAAAAAAAAAAUCAUUCAGGGUCCAAUAAACUUUUCUCAGAAUGUCAGAUUCUCCAACCCUUAUCCUGCUUUACAGUGCUCAGAGGAACACUUGUUCCAUAUAAUCUUAAACCUGAUACUGCAACUUCACCAAAAUUAAGAGGAAUUUAUUCUCUCAAGUAAGGGCUGUGGCACAAAACUGCAUUGCCCAGGUAUGACCAUGUCAGAGAGGUAGGAACACAGAAAAUCCAGGUGCUUCUUGUGCCACUAUGGUUUGUAAUGCAGAAACUUCUUGAAAAUUUUGUGUUUUUUUCCUUCUGUAGUGAAAUGUAUAAUUUCACUGGGACCUUAUUCCAGAGCUCUCUAGGCUUCAUUUUUAUAUUCAUUUUUGAAGAGGAGAUGAGCCACAUUCAUUAAGGUCUUACUCUAGUGUUGGAUUCCAUUAAUUUUUCUAAAGUACCUCUAUAGCUUAAUCAGUUCCAUUUAUUUUAGAUGCCUUCUUUUGUAGGGAGCAUUCUGAGAGGCCUAUUUAUGUCUCUGAGCCCUGGGAUUUCAUGUGCCCCAGACAUCAGAGCAUCAAGCUACACUAAGAGUUCCUGACAGUUGCUUGUGAGGUACUGACUUACAAAAGAGCCAUUAAGAUGAAAACACUGACUCACAUAAAUGCUCCUUUAAAUCUUCCAUCUGAACUACAUUUCUUUUGGGGCUGUACAGAGGAUUUUCUCAAGAAACACAUCUCCACUGAGAAAAGUCAGCUGUACAGAAGCAGGCAGACCAUGUUAUUACAAAAAUAAGGUAAUAUAGAUACCAAGCUUUUGGA